CCGCGCCGGUAUCGCGCUCGCGCCACGCCCGCAAUUUCUUUUCUACCGGCCCCGGAGUGGAGACAAGCGGUCGCCCUGGCGCGGCCCCGCCCUUUGAUUCCCUCUGCCUGGGCGCCGCCCGCUACGGGACGCCACCAAGUCCCAGCAAAUCGACAAGCGCAGACGGCCGCGCGCCUUUGCUCCCACGCACGCGCGCGCGCGCCAGCCCCCUGCCAUGCUCUACCAAGUCAUCGCAGUUAUGAGUUAUCCCUGAGUUUAUCAGGCGUCCUGUCGCGCGCGCCCGCCACCGACGCGAUGAAGGCCAAGCGGGCGGCGUCGAUGCCCGACGACGAGGAGAAGGCGCGCGGGAAGCGGCUGCAGCUGCAUGGCUCCGCCUCCGAGCAGGGGCUGGCGGCGGCCGCGGGGGAGGAGGGGGAGCGGGUGGCGGAGGCGCCGGAGACGCGCGGGCUGCGGCUGCUGAGGCUGCUGCUCAGGUGCGCGGAGGCGGUUGCCAUGGACCAGCUGCCGGAGGCGCGGGACAUGCUGCAGGAGGUCGCCGAGCUGGCGUCCCCGUUCGGGUCGUCCCCGGAGCGCGUCGCGGCCUACUUCGGCGACGCGCUGUGCGCGCGCGUGCUCAGCUCGUACCUGGGCGCCUACUCGCCGCUCGCGCUCCGCCCGCUCGCGGCCGCGCAGAGCCGCCGCAUCUCCUCGGCGUUCCAGGCGUACAACGCGCUCUCCCCGCUCGUCAAGUUCUCGCACUUCACGGCCAACAAGGCCAUCCUGCAGGCGCUCGACGGCGAGGACCACGUCCACGUCAUCGACCUCGACAUCAUGCAGGGGCUGCAGUGGCCGGGGCUGUUCCACAUGCUCGCGUCCCGCCCCCGCAGGCCGCUCUCGCUCCGGGUCACCGGGCUCGGCGCCUCGCUCGACGUCCUCGAGGCCACCGGCCGCCGCCUCGCCGACUUCGCGGCGUCGCUCGGGCUGCCCUUCGAGUUCCAGCCCAUCGAGGGGAAGAUCGGGCACGUCGCAGACACCACCGCCCUCCUCGGCCCGCGCCACCGCCACAGGGAGGCCACCGUCGUGCACUGGAUGCACCACUGCCUCUACGACGUGACGGGCUCCGACGUCGGCACGGUGCGGCUGCUCAAGAGCCUGCGGCCGAAGCUGAUCACGAUCGUGGAGCAGGACCUGGGGCACAGCGGCGACUUCCUGGGCCGGUUCGUUGAGGCGCUGCACUACUACUCGGCGCUGUUCGACGCGCUGCGCGACGGCGCGGGCGCCGCGGAGGAGGAGCGGCACGCGGUGGAGCGGCAGCUCCUGGGCGCGGAGAUACGGAACAUCGUGGCCGUCGGGGGCCCGAAGCGGACGGGCGAGGUGCGGGUGGAGCGGUGGGGCGACGAGCUGCGCCGCGCAGGGUUCCGGCCCGUGUCCCUCGCCGGGAGCCCCGCCGCGCAGGCCAGGCUGCUGAUCGGCAUGUACCCGUGGAAGGGCUACACGCUGGCGGAGGAGGACGGGUGCCUCAAGCUCGGGUGGAAGGACCUCUCGUUGCUCACAGCAUCGUCGUGGGAGCCGACGGAAGACGAGCACGCCGCCGUUGCCGAGCAAAAACGCCAUGAUUCUUGAUUAAUCUUGCAGCACCUUUGCUUUUUUGGCCCGUAAUUAUUAGAAGUUCAUGAUAUAAUCGUAUAGGCUCCAUCGAUCAUUCAUUCUCAAGGUUCAGGCAUAAUCUGCGAUUUUUGGCA